AUGACGACGAUAACAACCCUCACAACACUCGACAGAAUACACCCAACUGUCUACGAAUACGAGAAGGUCAUAAUCGAGCAGCGAGAGGAUGUAUCAAGUCGAACGCCAACCCAGCAAGCACAAACACACACCCAAGUCCGAGUCCAACCCCAACCACCAAGCUUAACGCAACGAGCCCUCCUCGUCCACGCCCCCCAGCAGCCCUACACCCUGGUAACAAACCACGCCAUCCCCUCCAUCCUACACCAAGACGAGAUCCUGAUCAAGACACUCGCCAUCGGUCUGAACCCCGUCGACUGGAAGGGCCCGGCCUACAACUUCGGCCUCCCGUCUCUACCUUGGGUAAACGGGCGCGAUCUCGCGGGCAUCAUAGUCAACAUCUCGCCCUCCGCUGCGCCACAACGCCUCCGAAAGGGCGACCUCGUCCUCGUCCCUUCAACCGACUACCGCGAUAUCCGCAAGGCCGCGUUCCAGGAGUACGCCGUUGCAACGCACUACAAUGCGGCGAGGAUCCCGUCGCCCGCACACACGUACGCUGCGGCCUCGGUGGGCGUUGCAUUCGUUGCGUCGGUGCUGGCGCUCGGUGUGUCGCUGGGCGUGGACUUUCGGGGCAUCAACCAGUGCCCGGGCCCGGAUUUACGGGGUGUGUUGGGCCAGAUUGACAAGUACAUGAUACCGCGUGAUGUGCGCGAUGAGUGCUUUGCGUCUGGGGACGUUGUUGAGAGGCCGCAGGCUGCAGACUGGAUUGCUGUUUGGGGUGCGUCGACAACAACAGGUCUCCUGACAAUCCAACUCGCACGACUAGCAGGCCUCAAAACCAUUGCCGUCGCCGACAUCGCACGGCACGGAGCCAAACUCCACGCCGCGGGAGCAGAUAUCCUCAUCGACAGACACGACACGCAGCGCGCAGUCGAGAUAAUCCGCGGCGUAACAGGCGGAAAGCUGCGCUACGCCAUCGACAUCGUCGGGCAAGAGACAGCAACGCUGCUCCAGUCAACGCUCGACACAACAAUUUCCGAGAACGGUCUCCAUGCGCAUUUACUGGGUCUGACGGGUCUACCGGCUGCAAAGGACCGCGAUGAACGGAUCGUGUAUCAUACUGUCCCGAUCAAGGUUUUUCAUUCGUGCCCGGAAGUCGGUGAGGCGAUGGUUGUUUGGCUGGAGGGGCUGAUUGAGUCGGGGACGCUGGAGCUGCCGGAGAUUGUGAGGGCUGAGGGCGGGUUGGAGGGGGUGAAUGAGGCGCUUGGGAUGUUGAAAAGGGGGGAUGCGAGUGGGAAGAGGAUUGUUGUGAGUUUGGAUUAG